GGCAAAGAACGAAGUAGCGGUGACCCCUCAGUGGAACCCCCAAGGCAGCGGGUAGCCCUGCCUGACGCAACCCUAUUUGUUUAGGAUUUCGAGGGUUUCUGCAAGACGUAUUCCAAUCAGAAAAUAGAAAUCGGCGAAUAUUUAGGCGUGGUUAAGUAUCCAGGGGAGUGAGGAGGCCAGCCAUUCGUCCAGAGCAGUUGCUAUUAUUCGAUGUCUAUCUGGGACAAGACAACAUAGGGUUUCAAGGUUGCCUUUCCAUCGUUUGAUGCUUGAGCUGCUGCAAGCCAUUGAACUGAAUCCCCGCUGUCCAUCACAUAAUAUUUGGUCCCUCUUCCUCCUCCUUUUUCAUCGAUUUCUCCUUUUUCUCUCCUCUCCUCCUCUGUUCUCUCUCCCUGGGCUUCCCUCUCCCUCCCGUGUCCUGCUCUGCUGGCCCUCCCCAAGUCUCACAGGGGCACUCCCAUGCUCUGUACAACAACCGACCUUGCUCGAUUUCGCUUCGUUCGACGACCGGCUCUGUCUGUUUCCAUGCUCUGUCACCGUUUUGGCUUGGAGAGAUAAAACCGUAUGUAUAUUAGUCACUCUGGGCAGUUUCUCCCGCCUGUUCAGCCUUUUGACUCCUUAAAGCGGAUCUCUGAGACGCCCUUGCUCACUCCUUUUUUUUUCGCCAGAC